AGUGGAUGCUGUGUCUACGACUUGCGCACAUCUCCGCCGGCAAGCACAACAGCGGAACGACUCCCGAAAACGACAGCUCAGAGAACGCAGCUAGUAAGAGGAACGCUCACUCUGACUCGGGCACUCUCGCACGAGCAAGAGUUUUGCGACGCGACCGUCGACGCCCAGGUGCUACAACUGCUUAAGGCGCUGCGACUCACCGACGCCUUGGCGCUGACCGUCAAGUCGUUCGCCGAUCACCGCAGGUUUCCGAGCUCCAAGACGGCGACGGCCCUGAUUUCGGCGCUAGCCCGGGAGGGCGACGUGGCAGGUGUGCACCAGACACGCGAAGUCGUCGACGUCCUCUACCCGAGGGUCUCCGCCGAGGAGCUCCGCUUCGAGCACUACCACGCCGAAGCGCUCUCGCGCGCGGGCCGCGCGGACGAGGCAAUCCUCAAAUUCGAGAAGCUCUUCGUUUCGCACAAGAGUCACCGCACCAAGAUAUGCUCCCUGCUCACGUUUUUGGCCGCCUACCUCGCCAAGAACGACAUGGUCGAGGAGGUCGCGCUUCUGUCUCGGAUGUGUGAGAGGCUGGCCGACCGGGGCUACUUCCAUCCGCUGACCAACGUGUGGAAGGUGCUGUUUCUGAGCGAGAAGCGACGCUACCACGCGACGGCCUCGGAACUGGUCGAAGCGGCUCGCCUGCGGCCCGCGGCAAAGCCUUUCUUCGAGAAGAAAGUCAGUUCCGUCAUCUCGUACGCCGUGGACAGGUGCGACUUGGACGCGGUGCAGAGGUUGUUGAACGUUGUCCUCUACUUGGGCAUGCCGGAGUGCUGCGGUCUCGUGCUCAGCUUCCUGCUCGAGUUUUAUUGUGAUGCAGACGACCUCAAGAGUGCACAGAAGACGUUUGAACACUCCGAAGCAUAUGGCAUUGAAUUGAACCCGGUAACCUUUUACCGUUACACGUGUUUUCUGAGUUCUCGGGGAAUUCAAAUAUCACACGACAUGCUGCUCAAGAAGUACAAGAUGGACCCGAGAAAUGCGAAGCAUGCUGCAAGGCAUAAUGAUGUGAAGUUUAAGUUUUAGCAACAUUGGCUACCUAUUUUACAUGCAAAGUACGCUUUCUGUUAGUUCUUGGAAGCAUGCACCAGAUUAAAACAUGAUAUUGCAGGGUCAUUAAACGUGAUUUUGUUG